CAGCCUGGCCUUGAAUGCCUCCAGGGAUGGGGCAUCCACAGCCUCCUUGAGCAAAAUGUUUAGUUAAUGUUUAGGUGCACUCUUAGAUUUCUUUUCACGACUUCAGACUUAUAAUGGUCUGUUGCUGUGACCCAUAGCUAGCCCACAGCUCAGAGAAGACAGAAGUUGGAAAGCCCUUAGAACCUCUCAGUUCUAUAACAUGUUUCUAAAACAUUAUGAAUCGUCCUAGCUUUAUUUCCUCAGCUAUGCAAUCCUGUUACAAACUCUACUCAAGCUUUGCUUGGGUUCUCUAUUUUCCUUUAUUUUUUCUUCCAAUCUCAUUUGCAGGUAGAAAAAAAGUGUUCAGAAAUUGCCACAGUACUGGCGUUACUUUUUCUGUGGUAAGAACAGAACUUCUCUAUAAAGAUUAAAUUACCUCCAAAAACAGGUGGCAAUGUGAAAAAUGUCACUUAGAGCUAUUUAGAGCUACCUUUUUUUUUUUUUUUUUUUCCCCUAAGUUUGGAGUAUUGCAAUGUGUAAGGUAAAUGAGCAGCCAGCAGUUACCACAACACACAGCAGUGGUUCCUGGCACCAGCAGGUGAGUUUCACACUCCAACCAGAGGAGGUCCAGAGGCGGACUGCUUCUAUUCAUAUAUGUGAAGUGCCAAAUUUCACAUAUAUAUAUGUGUGUACAUAUAUCUUUACUUAUUUAUAUAUUUUAUAUAUAUGACACUAUAUUUAGGGUUUUUUCUUCUUACAGUUCUGUUGUGUGAGGGCACAGUUAUUAUUUAAGAGAACAUCACUAUGUCAUCGAUCAGCAGUGAUGUUUUCUCUCCUGUGUAUUAUGUCACUUGGUGCAAACAUGACCACCUGACAGCCCUGCCUCCAGACCACAGCCAUCUAGGGACUGAGACCAACAGCUUUGAGUCCAACUCAGCAUUACACCCUUGUCUGUUAGCUCCUGAAGAUGGCAAUGGAUUAACGCUCCCAUUUUUCUGCUGUUUCACUCUUUGUAAGCACUAUUACCUUUCCAAAUGCUGUACAUUAAAUGACAGCUCCCAAAGCAGAGGAAGACCUUCACACUCCGUUAGGAAAGUGCUAAUGAUGAAAAAUCUCUGAAAGCUUUGUGUGUCUCGGGAGUUUGAGGGACAGCACAUUUUGAGAGUGUGUCCUGGCUACGGUGUGACUCACACGUUAUCUACCAGGUUAGAGCUCCGUACACCUCGCUCCUCCUGCCAAUAAGCAUUUGUUUGCUGCCUUCCAGCCACGAACCAAACACCCGAAUUGGCUUUAAAUAGUUUAACAGCUGCGCACACAUAAGUAGCUGAAUCUUUCAGAAGCAGCUGAGUGCAGCACCGCUGAUUUCCAGCAUGCAAAUUGGACAGAACUGGGGGGAAAAGCCCUCUUUCUAUGACUGUCUCUCCUACAACUUUCUACUUGUCCAUCUUCCCUCCAGCACAAUGAACAAUCUGCAAUUUGGGGGUAGUCACCACAUACCUGUAACGGCUCUUGGCUGCUUCACACCAAGUGAAGGCCAGUCCACAGUCAGGCCUGGCUCCAGGGACAAACUGCUCUCCCCAUGCCAACUACUUGCUGGAAACAGCUGAGGAUUCAAGCCUUUACACUCUCUCACCUUCACUCAUCUAUAUAAAGAAACACAAAACACAGAGCUGUGCCCUUUGAAAUAGGGAGGAAAAAAAAAGAGUGAGAAGGAAAGAAGGAUGUGGUUAUUUAGUAAGAGUACUGGCAGAGCAUGGUCUUUAAGCAAAUGCUCUCGUGUUCUGUAGAACAACCUGGACUGAAGCAAUCCUGCUGAACUUCUUGCUAAGAUUCAGAAGCUGAAGCAAUCCUGGGGCUGCAGGCAAUUUCUUCAGGACGCUCUUAGAGGGCAGAAAAAAUUCUCUUCAGAAGAGAAAACACGUUGCCUGUCUCUUAAGAAAGUGGAAGAGGAGUUGGGAAAUGGUAAAUCUCUAAGCCUGGCUUCGGUAUUUGGACUGGAGUCACCCGCUGCAGAAUCUGUUGUGAGCACCCAGACGACAUCUCAGCAGGGAGAGAUGACCAACAUCAGUGAAGAAUGCAACUUUACAAGCAUCGACAGAUUAGCAGAGACCCUCCGGUUUGGGAUCUCCAUCCCCACCUUCAUUCUUGGCUUGGUUCUCAACACCCUGGCCCUCUCAGUAUUCUGCUGCUUUUGGAAGAAACAAACCAAAACCUCAGUCUAUAUGAUCAAUCUGGCACUUGCAGAUGUUCUGCUGCUUCUCUCCCUCCCACUUAAGCUGCACUACUCUAUUGCAGAAGCACCCGGACUCCUGUGUGCCUUUAUACAGUCACUGUACUUUGUCAAUACCUAUGGCAGUAUCUUCAUCAUUGUUUGCAUUACUGUUGAUAGGUACAUCUGCUUAAAGCAUCCAUUUGAAGGUCGAGCUAACCAAUCCCCCAGGUGGGCAAUCUUGAUUUGCUGUUUUAUCUGGGCAGUAGCUUGGCUUUGCAGCAGCCCAAUAUAUGUGUUUCAAAAGAAAGAUUCUUUAAAAUGUUUUCACAACAUGUCAGAUGAGGCCUGGAGUGUCCCUCUCAUCGUUUCUGUGGAGAUCUUCGGAUUUCUGAUUCCACUCUCAGUGAUGGUUUUCUGCUCUGCACAAAACAUCUGGAUUCUUCUGAAUCACAAAAACAGAGCCAAAGAGAAAGUAGAAGAUUCCUUACGAGUCAUUAUCAUCAACCUUGUUGUCUUUUUGGUAUGUUUCACACCUGUCCAUCUUGCCAUCUGCCUGCAGUGCCUGGUAAGACAGCAUGUGAUAGUGGACUGCUUCCUGAAACAAACCAUCAGCCUCUUCAUCCAGGUGUCAAUGAUACUAGCCAACCUCAACUGCUGCCUGGAUGCCAUCUUCUAUUACUUCGCUGCCAAAGAAUUCCGUGAAAAAACACACCUGAAAAAAAUUAUUCAGCGAUGCCCUGUCUUUAAGCCUUGUGCCACAUGAUAGGACCUUUUGCAAUAGAAGAAUGCCUCUUCCUUGGCUGCCACUUGCCCUGCAGGUAGAACACUGACAGCAUUAUUCCCAACAUGGCAGUAAGGCCAGCUUGGCCGUUGCAGGAAGGGCACAGGAGGGAGAAGGACAAUAUUUUUCUCACAAAUGUGAAUAUUUAUCUUCUUUUUUAGAGAUCAAAGGGGAAGAAUGUGGGGAAAAAAGAACCAGCAUUAUGAAAAUAUCAGUGAUGCCAAAAGAAGCAUUAGCCUUGAUGCAAUCUAUUAAACUGAAAGGCUUGUCAGAGGAAAACUACCAAGGUCACUGGACUGCCAAUUAAAAUCAGCCUUUGCCAUCACCACAGUGGUUUUCCUUUCACCAGUGUGAUCAGAAACUUGUUGCUCUGGGCCAGUCAAACACAGAAAUAACUUCAACACCUUCUUGCUAACUUAGAAGGUAACUAAGAGAUACAAGAAAGUAUCUGGCCAAAAGCCUGGCUCUGCUCUUUCCUUCUGGAAACCCUGCAGAAGGUCUCUGUUGGAGCUCCUUUGCUCCAAAAUCUUGGCUGGCCCUCCCAUAAGCAUUAUAAACCAUCAUACACCAGCCAGGGCUAUUCCACAUAGGACCAGGCUGCCCAGGACAUGACAACACGUCUUUAUACAACACCCCAUCUUGGGUAACAGCAACAAACAACAAACCUUUCUGAUAAUUGUCGCUCAGGAAUUAGCAUGGUUUUAUCCUGCAACUUUAAAACAGCUUUUGCACAUUAAAAACAAAAUAACCCCUUCAAAUACUGCAUUUAGUGAAAGGCUGUACAUACGGAAGCGUAGGUAAUCAUUCUAAGAUAUAACAAGAUAGAUGUAUGAAAAUUUUCUGCCUGUCUUCUCAUUCUUUUUUGGGGAAGAAGAACGUACGUAAGCAAGUACAACGUCACAAGCAUGAAAUACAGUUGGGAGCACUUGUCUGAUGUACUCCAGGCUCCCAGACGAAACACUGGAUCAGCUCUGUCAAACUCAUUCCUCAGAGGAGUCCUCCUAGUCUGGACUUUCCAUUUCACAAAAUGUCUCUGGACGUGCCUUAAUCACUCUGUGCCAGCUCUUCUGGUGUGUCACUGCCCUUGGGCCGUUUGUACAUUCAGCCCUGAGUUGAAGCUAAAGGCUUCCUUAUUGCAAUGUAAGCCUCCUAUUUCUUGUACCAUUAUAUUGUUAUGGUUUAUGCUCUUACCCAGAAGCACUUUCACAUCAAGAAAUCCAUUUCUGUGUCUUUAAAAAACAGCCAUAAAAUUGCUUUAAAUUGUGGGAACCAGGUCUUUUUUCUGAGGCAGAUACUCCUUUUAUUUAAAAUUGGAAAAGAAAUUGGCUUCUGUUUGAAGGAAAGAAACAAAAGACACAGGACUAGUUUCGAAAAUAGAAUUUUCAGUCAAUUGAUUUCUAAAUAAAUGACUGAUUGCACAAGUGGGCAGCUGUACACAUCUCAUACUGGACCUAAUGUAAGAGUGCUUUACAGCUCACUAAUACUAGAUAUUGCCCAGCUGAGUCAUGAGAGGAGCUCAGAGACAAACAGGUUUUUAUCAUCACCUUUGCCAUAAUCUGCUGUUACGCUGAAAGAGAAGUUUUACAAAACAGGAGGUCUGCAAAACAUUAUUUGCUACUGCCUCGAUCAUUCAGAAACCUGCAUCCUUUUCAGUAUGAGAUAGCCUUUCUUUCUUGUACUUUUUGCAUUACUUUGCAUAUGAGAUGUGUGUUUUGGAAAGAACAUGUUCUAGAAAAUAAACUGUAUGUGUGAAAUGUA